GGGAUGGAAAUCGUACUUAUUGGGCGAUCUACUACCCGUAGAUGGGGCACUCACCUAACGCGCACAUUGACCUGAAUGUUUUGAUUCGAUUUGCGUGCCUGCUGCUGCUGAAGUUGCAGGCGUACGUUGUUCGAUGUGUCCAUUUUACAGCACAAAACUCAAAAUUCACUUUUUAGCGCGUAAAAAUGAUGCCACCCAAAAUAUGGUGGGAAACUUUUGUUUCCAGCACUUGGAAAUGUACACGUUUACUCUUUUCAACUUUGUGACAGCUAAAUAAAGCCUUAAAAGACCUUAAAAUCCGACUGGGGCAAGGUGACAACGAUUUCUAUGCCAUCGUCGGCAUCCCGCUGAUGCUCAUCUGCCUGUCCAACAUUGGGGAUGUGAUGGCCACGUCAUUCCGUUUUCUCUACUGGCGCAUCUGCUGCUAUGUGUGCACGCGGACGGCCAAGCGGCCGAGGAAUGCCCGCUCCAGGCAGCGGUCGGUGAGGGGACAGCGGUAUGCCCGCUCCCAGCCGCCACCCUCGUUCCGGCGAUCCAUGAAGAUGACACAGCGAUCGGGCAAUGACUCCGGGUUCGGUCCCUCCAUGGGGCAUGCCCAUUCCGAUCCGGAGCUGCGCAUCAUGGGGCGGGGCGUCGGCGGCGGCUACGAUGAUAGCGAGUUUGGCCACCGCAGCAGUGGAGGACGCAAUCGCCGCCAGCAGCAGAUUGCGGCACAGCCUCGCCAGCAGCGGCACAACAUCUACGGGGUGUAG